AUGGCUGUGAGCGCACUCGCAUAUUAUGGGUAUUGGCGUGUCAAGCAGGCGUGUCUCGACCCUCGUACGACGAUGUUAGGAGAUGCGAGCAGCCUGAAGGGGUUGCGGUUAGCGAUACCGGAGGCAGUCAGGAGCGGGGAGAUGGUGAGACUUGCCUGCAACUACGACCUAGAGGGCGCUUUCCUGUAUUCCAUCAAGUGGUACCGAGAAGACGAAGAAUUCUAUAGGUAUUUACCAAAAGAGGCGCCACCCACGAGAGUCUUCCCUCUUCCUGGAGUUCAUGUGGAUGUGUCCACGUCUGACGAACGGAUAGUGACGCUGCUCAACGUCGAUCGCCGGUCCACAGGAACCUUCAAGUGUGAGGUGUCUGCUGACGCGCCGCUCUUCCACACCGAGAUUCAGUCUGCCAUGCUUAGGGUUGUGGAUGUGCCCGUGGGAGAGCCGGAAAUAGCUACUGAGAAGCUACGGUACGCGAGCGGAGAGCAGAUACACGUAAACUGCACGGCACCGCCCUCACAUCCAGCCGUCAAUAUCACUUGGUACCUGAACAACCAUCAGGAGAAAGCAGAGUAUACGGUAGCUACCCUGGGCGGGCUGGAGCAAGCACUGAGCGUGCUCUCGCUGGAGGCGGACACGGGGAAGUUGAGUCUGAGGUGUGAGGCCACUAUGUACCACUUGUACCACGGUGUCAGCGAACUGGAACUGUGGCAGGACUCUCCCAGACCCGCCUCUGUCCUGGGUCCCAGCCACAAUGGAGGGGCGAGACACAUACACGGAAGAGGACAUCACCUGACCGUCACAUUGCUGAGUUUGGUGUUCCUUGCCACCAGAUAGCACUGCCUGUCUAUUACCCUGCCUGUGUAAAUAUAGUGCGAGCGGACAAAUACGUUUAUCCCACUACAUCAGGGUUAUAGCUCUGACCCUCGUACUUGUACAUUUCCCGACAUCUUCCAAAUAAAUAUUGUUUGUUACCUUGUGA